UCAAUUUUUAGACGCAAAAUUCCCGCGACAACAAAAAUAAUUGGAACCACUUCUUCAAUGGCGCACGGAGGAGGAGGAGCUUCGGCAAAAUCGACGUCGGGGACGAUGGACGCAUCACCAAUGGCGGUGAGAAGAGAAUCAGCGUCACCAGUAUCAGGAACAUUGCCGUCGCAGGCGAAUGAUUGGGGCGAACUCGGGUCAUUUAAGCGGCGUUUUACGUGGGCGGUACCUUUGUUCGCUGUAGCUAACAGUGUUAUGUUUAUAAUUACAAUGUAUGUUAAUGACUGUCCGAAGAAUACUGGGACUUCUUGUUUGGGGAGAUUUUUGGGGAGAUUUUCGUUUCAGCCUUUGAAACAGAACCCGCUGCUUGGACCUUCUCCUCAAACAUUAGAGAAGAUGGGUGCUAUGGUAAUAGGUAAGGUGACAAAACAACACCAAACAUGGCGCCUUUUAACUUAUGCGUGGUUGCACGGUGGGGUUUUUCAUCUACUUACAAAUAUGUUGAGUCUUCUAUUCAUUGGAGUUCGGCUUGAACAAGAAUUUGGGUUUGUUCGAAUUGGGUUGCUUUAUGUCAUAUCUGGCUUCGGUGGCGGUAUAAUGUCAGCUCUUUUUCUAGAACAAGGUAUCUCCGUCGGCGCCUCUGGUGCACUUUUUGGGUUAUUGGGAGCCAUGCUUUCUGAGCUUAUUGCUAAUUGGACCAUAUAUGCAAAUAGGUUUGCAGCGAUGCUGACUCUCAUUUUCGUUAUCUUAGUAAAUUUGGCCAUGGGAAUCCUUCCACAUGUGGACAACUUUGCUCAUAUUGGAGGUUUUCUUUCUGGUUUGCUCCUUGGCUUUGUGUUACUGAUCCGCCCCCAGUUUGGAUGGGUUAGCCAAAAAAGUGUUCCUCCAGGAUACAUUAUAACUUCAUUCAAGUCUAAACAUAAGACAUAUCAAUAUGUACUGUGGCUUCUCUCUCUGAUUCUAUUGAUUUUCGUAUUUACUCUUGGUCUGGUUCUGCUAUGGCAUGGAGUUAACUUGAAUGAUUAUUGUUCCUGGUGUCAUUUUAUGAGUUGUGUCCCUACCUCGUUAUGGAAAUGCAAAGCACUAGAAGUUUCUUGUCAGUUGACCCAUAUUGGAAACCAAGUGAAUUUGACAUGCGGUGACUCUGGAAAAAGCAGCAUUUAUCCAUUGUCCGAGGCUGAUACUCGGGGAAAGCUUGAUGCUCUGUGUUCUGAGUUUUGCAGUUGACACAUAGGAUGAAGGAGAAGACCAGAGGUUCCUUGAGCCGAUUCUCUAAACAAUGUAAGUCAUUUUUAUCUGUAGAGAACAUGUUAUCCUGUGUCUCUGUUGCACAUUCUUCUGGCUAUCAGUUUUUCAAUCGUUCAAUUGUUGACAUA